AGAUACUAUGGCGGUAUACGUAGAAAAUUCCAAAGACUCAUCAACAGUGGUGGAUCGAGUUGUCGAUGUUGAUACGGGUCUUCUUCUUGCUGUUCAUUCAGCUUCCCUUGAUCGAGAAGCGUUGAGAGAAAAAAAGGACCAGUAUUUACGGAGUUUGAGUAGGGAGUGUACUCAAGCAUUGUUCAACGAGAUUUGGAAGCUACCAAUGGAAAGGCCAAAUGAGAGGAUUGUUGCUGUUCUUCCAAAGCCAUUAACCGUGUUGCCCAGAGAGAAAUCGAUUCCUAAGCCCAAGCCACCCACCAAAUGGGAAUUGUUUGCAAAGAGGAAGGGAAUUAAGAAGUCGAAACGAUUGCGAAUGCUAUAUGACAAAGAAACAGGAAAAUACAAACCAAGAUGGGGCUACAAGAGAAUCAACGAUCCUAAAGAUGACUGGCUCAUUGAAGUUCCUCAGAAUGCUGAUAUAAAUGAGGAUCAAUUUGAAAAGAGAGCUAAAGAAAGGAAGGAGAAAAUUGCAAAGAAUGAAUAUCAAAGGCUGAGGAAUAUUGAUAAAAAUCGAAAGGGGAACUUUGAGGCAAAAGUGCCAGCACCACUGCCUUCCCAGAGGCCAACAAAGGAAGAGCUGGUUCUGAAACUGAGUCAAGCAAAGUCAUCCACAGCAUCAGUAGGAAAGUUUACUGAGAAACUGCCCAAAGAGCCAAUCCCAAAGAAAACUGGGAAGAAGAGAAAGUUUGAACCUGUAACUGGAGAUGUAGAAGCUGAGAGAAAGGGAAUGCUUUAUAUACUGGAGGCUAUUAAGAAGAAGAAGCCUGCUCUUGACAUAACGAAGGCUGUAAAUAGGCAACUGGUGGAGGAGCAAUCAAAGAGAGUUAAAACAAAACAGAAACAGGGUGGCAAGGGUGGCAAACAUCUCACAAAAAGAAAAAUCCAACGGAAAUUAAAGAAACAACAGUAAAAUUUCUGCUGUCGGUCGAGCAGUCUCUCUAUAGGAAUACAAACAAGUAGAGAUUUUAAUAGAAAAUCAAUACUGCAUGUACUAUAAUAGUAGGAUUGCUAAUUUGCUAUAAUGAAGCAUUAUACAGAAUGUGACAGGUAAAUAAAUUGGUGAUGUUAC